CGUGGGAUUAUUACUCCUGACUGGAAAGUCGAGCGAAGAAGCGAGUUGGGGAGCACACACACUAGGGGAGCUACUGCACGGGACGCACUGGGAGCAAGGGACGAGCACCAUUGGCAAAUUGCAUCUCUGAGUUAAUUGUUGGACUUACCUGUCUAUUCACUGUAAAUAAAGUGCACCGUGGCAUCGCAGAGUCCCGCGUUUUGGGUCCUACUUCCCUCGUCCCCACGGUCUGCGUGGCUGACCGUGACAGAAUAAUCCCACCAACCACCGUGGACCCAGCGGAUUCAAGUGCUGCCAUGGAGGAGGGAUCGCUCACACAGCUGUGGGGGUACUGCCGGAGCAUAACCCAGGCUGUGGAUCCACACAAGAGACACAUACAGGUAGUGUUUUUUGAUAAUUACCUUUCCUCCACUACCUUCUCUAUGAGCUGUCUGGAUAUUGACAAACUCAUUCAAAUUGUAACGGAGCUGAGGGCAAGCUCCAGCUUCGAACUGUUUGGUUUGGGCUGUCCGGGCAAGGAGGAUGCGGCCGCCUCCCUGGCAGCCCUUGCUGCUUGGUUUUUUCUUCAUAGGCGGAGAGUUUUUCCACCGCCGCUUGCUGCUCACCUAUUGGACCCUCCACUGCAGGGAAGACGGCGCCCUACUCCAUCUCCUCUCAUUCCGUCAAUGUCCUCUGUGUCGGCAGACAAAGGAUCGGCAGCGCUGGUAACCACAGUGAGUAAACCGGACUCUGGCACCUUACUUAAUCCAGUCUCUCACGAGCAGGAGGGGACAGAUUCCUUUGACGCGGCCCCGCCAUCACGAAAGAGACGGCGUCGGCGUCAUCUUCAUCAAACCGAAGCUCACCUCACUCCGGUUGUUUCGGAAGAACCAGCUGACUCAGGGCUAGCUGCAGGACUAGCCGCACAAGGAGCCGCAGUGAGUGAAAUGGACUCUGUUGUUGGUAAAGAUGUUUUUGUUAUGAAAACAGAGAGGGCUUCGUUUAAACCAAGGGACAGUGCCCAAUCAGUUAACAAUAAAACCGGGAUCGCAAUGGGGAGUAAGCUUAGAAGGUCUGCAUUGCCAGAAAGUGGAGGUGGGCCGGAAGCUAUUCCUGGGUCAUUUAGUAAUGUAAGGAGUAUUGCUGAUUGUUUUUCUGGUGCGGGAUACGGAGCCUUCGUUUGUGAGCCAGUUGGCUCUAAAACAGUGAACACUGAAGGCGCUGGGGUGGCAGCCAAAUGGACUGAAGCCGUUAAUUCUGAGUUACUGCACUGUGCUAAUAGGCAUCCUGACACUGUUUUUGUGGCUGCUGACUUGUUAAAGGACCCAGUGCUGGCAAAUUCUGCCACUACAGGCAAUCGGGAGGCUGGGGUUCCCCCCAGGGCUUCCCCAGAGGCCGAACUGGAAGCCUCAGUCGCCUCUGGCCCCCUGGACGUUGCAGAGGCAGCGGUAACAUUGUCUUCCUCUCAGCCCUUCAUGUUAGCCAUAUCACCCUCUACUCAGCCUGCCGCCCAGCUAGUCACUCAGUUGUCAUCUGUUUCAGCAUCCACAUCACCCGCUCGACCGUCAUCUUCGCCACCUGCAGCUACCGCAUCACCAUCGUCACCUCCGGAUCAACCAUCUAUAGCCGCGUCGCAGUCGGAGCAGGAGCUCAGCGAGCGGGGGAGCCCGCCUCGCCGACUGUGGAGCGCAGCGAGCCGGCAGAGCUCAGCGAGCGGGGGGAGCCCGCGUUGCAGCCGGAGGAGGAGCUCAGCGAGCGGGGGGAGCCCGCGUCGCCGACUGUGGAGCUCAGCGAGCGGGAGGAGCCCGCCUCGCCAGCUGUGGAGCGCAGCGAGCCGGCAGAGCUCAGCGAGCGGGGGGAGCCCGCCUCGCCAGCUGUGGAGCGCAGCGAGCCGGCAGAGCUCAGCGAGCGGGGGGAGCCCGCGUCGCAGCCGGAGGAGGAGCCCGCCUCGCCGACUGUGGAGCUCGGCGAGCCGGAGGAGCUCGGCGAGUGGAGGGAGCCCGCACCACCUGAGGAGGAGCUCUGUGAGCCGGAGCUGGAAUUCGGCGAGCGGGAGGAGCGGCUACCGUCAAGAGAGGGGCCCGGCGGGCCGGAGAAGCGCGCACCGCCUGAGCUGGAGCUGCAGGGGCCGGAGCUGCAGCAGGAGCCGGAGCAGGAGCUUGGCGAGCAAGAGGAGUGCCCGCCAUCGAGAGAGGGGCUCGGCAGGCCGGAGGAGCGCGCACAGCCAUCGGAGGUCGGCGGGCGGGAGGAAUCCGAUCAGUCUACGCGGGGGGUCAGUGUGCAGGGUCCACGUCCAGCGCGCCCUCCACGCCGUCCACGUCCAGCGCGCCAGGCGUCAUGGGCUGUUCUACUCUGUCGCCCGCCAGAGCUGCAACGCUGCUGCUACCGGAUCCGUGGCCCGCCAGAGCUGCAACGCUGCUGCUACCGGAUCCGUGGCCGCCCGCCGGAGCUGCAGCGCCGCAACCACUGGACGCCUGGCAGGCCACCAGAGAUGCAGCACCGCCGCCACUGGAUCAGUGGCAGGCCCCCAGAACUGUUUCGUCGCUGCUGCUGGACCCAUGGCCGUCCGCCGGAGAUCCAGCGUUUCCACCGAUGGACUGAAGGUAGGCCUCCUGAACGGUCGUCGGCCUCUGUUUCACCUGUUCACCUGUUUUGCUGUCCACCGGGUCAGCCGCCAGAACUAUGUUUGCUGCCAUUAG